CAAACACCCCCGGAGGCGGCUGUGAGGAGGGUAUAAAGUGGGAGCCCGGGGCCGCCCCCGCGGAGCACAGCCCGGCGCAGCCAUGAAGGCGUCGCUCCUGCUCGUGCUCGUCUGCGCGGCUGUCCUGGCGGCGGGAACAAGGACCGACACGCCCAAGGAGCCGGAGGCGCUGGUGAAGAAGGUGCAGGAGUACGCCCAGAAAGCCGUGGCCAUGGCCAAGAGCGCCUUCACCACGGUGCAGGAGUCGGAGGUGGCUCAGCAGGCCAGGCAAUGGCUGUCGGACAACGCCAACCUCGUGAAGGAGCGUCUGGCCAGGCUGAAGGAGCAGCUGGUGGAGCUCUGGAAGCCGACGCCAGCCAAGUAGCCCUGCCAGGGGCUGGCCGGGGGCCAUCUGGGCUGGGGACCCCCCAGCUCCCCACCCGCUGUCGCAGUUCUUGCAAUAAAGCGGCGCUGAAGCAGA